GUGACUCUGCUGGAGCCGGAGCUGCUCGGUCCUCCCGGGCAGGAUCCGUCCAGUCGUCCGCCCUGCGCGCCUCCAGCCGGGUCCUCCUCUCUCCUCUCCUCCCUCCCUCCUUCCAUCCCUCCAUCCAGCGGCGCGCAGCGGCGCGCAGCGCAGACACUCCGCCUUAAACCGUCUGGGGAGCGGAGAACUUCCACCUCCUCAUUCCUCUCCACCUGGCCGCAUCCUCCGCCUCCUCCUCCUCUUCCUCACACCGCGGACCGCCGCUGCCCGAGCCGCUCUCCGACGCCGGUGGCGGGAUGGCAGGGUGACCCCGGAGCUCCCCGAUCAGCUCGCCGCUCCCAGCCGCCGCCAUGGCCAAGAGCCCGGAGGUGAAGCUGGCCGUUUUCGGCCGCGCCGGCGUGGGGAAGUCAGCUCUGGUGGUGAGGCUUCUGACCAGGCGCUUCAUCUGGGAGUACGACCCCACGCUCGAGUCGACGUACCGCCACCAGGCCAGCAUCGACGACGAGGUGGUUACCAUGGAGAUCCUGGACACUGCGGGGCAGGAGGACGUCCAGCAGAAGGAGGGCCACAUGCGGUGGGGGGACGGCUUCGUCCUGGUCUACGACAUCACGGACCGCGGCAGCUUCGAGGAGGUGGCGCCGCUGCGGAGCCUCCUGGAGGAGGUGAAGAAGCCCAAGAACGUGCCCCUGGUGCUCCUGGGGAACAAGUCGGACCUGGACCACGCCCGGCAGGUGGCCACGGAGGAGGGCGAGCGGCUGGCGGCCGAGAUGGCCUGCGCCUUCUACGAGUGCUCGGCCUGCGCCGACGAGGGCGGCGCCGUGGCCGAGGCCUUCCACGAGCUCUGCCGGGAGGUGCGGCGGCGCCGGGCCGUGCAGGGCAAGGCGCGGCGCCGCAGCUCCACCACGCACGUCAAGCAGGCCAUCAACAAGAUGCUGACCAAGAUCAGCAGCUAGGGCGGCGCCGCCCGCCGCCGCCGCCCGGAGCUCCGGGCUCCAGCGGGGAGACGGACCCUAAACCUACCCUCCAGUAACUUUUUAAUGAAAAACGUCCAAAGUGCGAAGUCUCCGCUCUCCGAACAGACGAUGCUUCUUUUGAACCGACGCUUCUGGUUUUAUUUAGAUCAAAGUCAUUGUGGAUGUUGAUGUUAGCUCCGAGCAAAAUAAAUGAGAAAUUAUUUAAUUCUUCCCUCUUUAGCUCUUAUUAAGCCCCGGAAAAGGCCUGAAGACGACGACGCAUGCUAGCUGUCCCAUUAGCAUGCGGCUAACAGUGUGACGUGCUUUAGCCCACAUGUGUAGAGGGAAGCGCCGGCGGACCGGCGGCGUUGGUCUGGUGGUCUGUCGACGUCCGUCCGGCGGCGAAGUCCAGUCCCGCCGAAGCCUCGGGACGCCCGGCGGCGGAAGCUGCAGGACGGACGGCGUUGGACUCACAGGUCCGUACGCCGAGCCGCCUGAGGAAACCGUCAGCCGUGCACCUUGUAAUUAAAAUCUGAUGUUAUCUGA